ACACAAACACAGCAACACAGCUUUUAUUUGAAAAUGGCUCCACUUCACGAGGCUUCUCUCUCCCUUUCCUCCUUAUCUUUCUCGCCGUAGGCUUUACUCGAGAACCAGACCCCCAAAGAUCGCAUUAUAUAAACACAACACAUUCAUUACAUUGGAGAUUAAAAACAAAAACAAAAAACACAAUUUUUUAAAAUUACCAAUCUUUGAUGAUUUCUCCAAUGUCGUUGUCUCUUCUCUUCUCUGCUUUCGAGUGAUUCUAUUUUUCCAACGGUAACAAAGACUUUAUUUUUCAAAAUCCGACAGAGAAAGACCAGACCUUUCUUCUUCUACUUCUUUCAUCUGACAAUAACCAUCAGACAAGAGACAAAAAGACAGAUACUUUCCCUGCUUUUGGUGUUGUUGUUAAAGUCGGCGGUGAAUAAAAAUGCAGAGAAGAAACGAAGCGAUGACGAUGAGGAAAUCGAAGUGGCAGUAUUCUCCGACGCCGAGGAUUCUUCAGUUGCCACGUAGGCAUAGUGUUCGACGAAGUGCCGCAAAGGGCUUGAAGACGACACCUUCUUCUUCUUUGUCUUCGUCUCAGAAGGAUCGGGGAGUGAAACUAGAGGUUCUGUUUCACCAAGAGAGGACUUUUGAUCGAGGGGCAUCUGUUGUGAUGGUGAAUGAUAAAGGUGGUGAGGAGAAGGAGGAAGAAGGAAGGAGAAGAGGGAAAGUUGCAGACGGGAGAGAGAUUGGUGGGACUAGGUUGUCUUCUUCUUCUUCUACUGCGGUUGAUGAAAAAGUUGAGGAAGCUAAGUGGAGGUUUCAAGCGGAGAUGUUGAGAUCAGAGUGUAAUUUGUUAAGAAUAGAGAAAGAGAUUGCUUUGAAGAAGAUGGAGAGGAGGAAGAAACGGAUGGAGAAGACGCUUAGAUCGGCUGUUCUUACUCUUCUCUCCGGGAAACAGAGGAUCUCAGAAGGGACAAAAGAGAGCAAGGCUUUGGAAGAUGAGAUUAGUUAUUUGGUUGAGAAACUGAAUGAGUUAAAGUCUCCAAAAGUUAAGGACGUGGAAGCUAGAAACUGCAGACAUAAUUUUGACAAGAAAGCUUCUGUUUUAAGGAAAGAGCUAGAGAGGUUCGAUGAAUCAGUUUCUGAAGAGGUUUGUGUCAAAGGGAUUCAAAAAAUGGCUGAAGCUAGUUUCUCGGUCCAUUCUGAUCAAAUCUCUCUCAGGAACAAUAAUGGAAAUAUAGAUACAUUGAGUAGUAAAAUGGAGGCAUUGUCGAAAGGGGUAUUGUUGGAAAGAAUGGAGAAAGAAUAUGGAUCGAGUCUCUUUGCACCAAGCUCUGUCUCCAAAUGUAUUGAUCGUCAAGAUGCAUCUUUACAAGACAUGUAUAGUAAGGCAAUUAAAGCGCACGAGGAAAAGAAAGACUGCUCUAGACAUUGCAAAGCAGUUAUGAGGAAGAUCGCAGAUGAAGUAAGAGCUGAAGCAGAGCAAUGGUCACAAAUGCAAGAGAUGUUGAAUCAAGUGAGGAAAGAAAUGGAGGAACUUCAAUCUUGUCGUUAUUUUUGGCAAAACCGCGCUCUCGAAUCAGAUUCCCAGUUACAAAAUCUACAUUCCACGGUUGAAGGGUGGCGAAGAAAGGCGUUAUCAUCAGAGGCAAAGUUGAAAAACCUACAAGCAGAGGUUUGUGGUUUACAAGAAGAGAUCAAGAGACUGAGGAAGGAAGAUAAGUUAGAACCGGAGAAGAACAAAUUGCCAUCAGAGUCAGAGAAGAGGGUAUUGAUUUGUCGGUUGAAAGAAAACCGACAUAACAACAACAAUGGAGAUUGGUCUAAGCACAGCGAAGGAAGAACAACGAAACCGCCAUCAAGCUCGAGACCGCCUUUGAGGGAAGUUAAGAACAACAGUUCAGUCACAUCAAGGCAUAGAAACUCCAAUGUCAUGAAAAUGUAGCUUUCUCAAUCUUACAAA